AUGGGUUCGCCCCGGCGCGACCCUCCCCAGGCCGUCCAGGCGGCAACCGCAGCCCCGGCCGGGUCAUGCGUCGACGCUUUUGCUCGUCCUGCCCCAUCGCCGCCCAACUUGGCGCCCGUGGAACGCGGCUUUGAGCGGGCGCCGGCCGAGAGGCCGCAUCGGAAGUGGCCGAUGGGCACCGGCUUCAAAAAGGGCGGGCCUCCCGUCCGUUGA